GGGAAACCCUGCCCCUGGGGCAGGGCCCAUGGGCGGUCCCCGCACAGUAUGCGCCGCACAACUGGAUGCCCCAUGAAGUCUCCUUCAUACACGUACAUUGCCAUCUGCACUCUUAGAUUGGACGUGUCAAGGCGCUCAUACCUGCUGCAGCAUACCACUAAGUUUCUCGUACUCAUCCGAGCUUUGAUACCUGCAUCAUUUCUUAAGCUCAAGGCAUAUAACAGAUAUAAUAAAUACGUGAGAUUGCUGAUACACCAUGCUGCGACGACUCUUGCACAGAGCUGUCCAAGCUGCCGAACAAGCGAGCGCAUUAAGCACGAGCGCCUCGCACUUGGAAUCAACCUUGCAACACCAGCUCGGGCGAUCAUGCAGCGCAGCGGCGAUUGAUGGACGUCACGUCGCGGUCUGGCGCCAGCAAUCGUGCGGUCCUAGCUUUGCUGCGCAACGGCAUCUUACGCAUAUUAGCGAGAGGUUGACUAGCUCCUCGGGGCGGGCGUGCCCGGAUGCAGCACAGGGCGUGUCGGCAUUGCGAAUGCCCUGGUCGCUCGCGCACACGCCCCGCGGUCUGUUUGGCGCGGCCAGGCCGCUGGUGAACCCCCAGAUCCACGCGCACGACAAGUACAAGAAGGAGAACCCGCAGCCUGCUAACAGCUUCCUGCUGGGCCGGUUCGUGACGGACCGCAACGGCAUCAUCUGGCAUCGCCAGGCCAACUACCGGCACGCGCGCCACGCCAAGUCGGCCAGUCAGCUGACUCGGCUCAAGCGCUGGAAGCCGUUGGCGCCCGCCUUCGCCGCCAAGCUGCGCAAGCUGGGGUUCAGCGAGCGCUACUGGGCGGCGCCAGACCCGCAGGACGUGCCCGGCUUCCACAGCCCGCGCGGCCGCGUGGAGCGCCCGCGCCGCUCCGCUGUGCCCGACAUGGACCACACCACCGGCGAGCCCGCGCUGCGGCAGAGCUGGCAGCCGCCCAACCGCCAGCGCCUGCGGUAGCCGCCGCGGCCAAGGGAAGCGCAGUCGAGGCGAGGUUGGGAGCCGCGCUUCAAGUUGGAUGGGGAUGAGGAGGUUAAGGAAGGAGGAGGAGAUGUCGAUGGUGAUGUGGGUUUGGCGGGGAGGCGGUGGUCUGAGGAUGCUCCAAGAGCUGGGUAGGCUUGCGACCUUGCGGCGCCAGGUGCUGUGGUGGGGCCCUGUGCUGUCUGUCCGUGUACAUGAGUUCGACGGAGAGAGGACGUGUCUGCAAGAGCCGUUCGACAGGCAGGGGAAUGCGCAUUUUUGUCCUAGCUCGGGGUUGUGAGGCGUGCCUUCCGGGUUUCAGCAACAUGCCCAGCCAGACGGCCUGUUGGGCUGUCACGUAUUGGUGGAACCCGUCCUGGAUUGUUACUUGUUACUUGUUACUGUCUUUGGCGAAGCUAGCUUGUUGAUUUUGGAGGAUUCUGGAAUGAGGCCCAUCCCGUCGCAAUCGCGUCGA